GCUGCCGGUGAGAUCCCGCCUCGGGCGGGGAGUGGCCCCGGACGGGGCGGGCCGGGGCCGGGGCAGGGCGGAGCGUGUGCGGGGCCUCGAGCGGCGGCGGCAGAUGGCGGAGCCGUGGCGGGGAGCGGAGCCGCUGUGGCGGACGCCGCCGGGCCGCUUGGCCCCGCCGCACGUUUACCGUAUGGCGGGGGCGCUGGGCGCCGAGCUGCGCCGCCUCUCCGGCCGGUUCGGGCCUGAGGCCGUGGCCGGGCUGGUGCCGCCCGUCGUGCGGCUGCUGGAGCUGCUGGAGGCGCUGGUGGCCCCGGCGGGCGCCGAGGGGGAGGCGGCGGCACCGCCGGCCGGGCGGCAGGACGCGGAGGACCCGGAGCAGAGGCUGUGGGAGGCCGAGCGCCGGGAGCGAGCCCUGCACGGCCGCCUGGCCCGCCUGGAGGAGCAGAACCGGCAGCUCCUGGGGCAGCUUGCGGAGAACCAGUCCCAGGAAGAUAGCACUGCGCGGAAGGAGCGGGAGGUGAUGCUGCGGCUGAAGGAGGUGGUGGACAAGCAGAGGGAUGAGCUUCGUGCCCAGGCCCACGAGAUCGUCUGCAAGAGCCGAGACACAGAGGCGCUGCAGGAGCAACUGCAUCGCUUCAUGGCCAUGAACGAGGACCUGCGUCACAAGGUGGCCGUGGUGCAGGCUCAGCUCAAGAGCGCUCUGGAGAAGAAGUCGGACCUGGAAGCUGCGAUGCUGCAAACCCAGAAGGAAAUGAGCAGGAGGAGCAGGACUGCCCCUGAGAUCCAGUGGCCAAAGCCCAGCCCGGAAGGAGCACCGUCACCCGCCGAGGAGCCGCAGCACCAGGACGCGGGCAAGAGCCCUGCUCACUGCUGCUUCUCCAGGGAAGAGCUGCAGCAGAUCCUGCAAGAGCGGAAUGAGCUCAAGACCAACCUGUUCUUGGUGCAGGAGGAGCUGGCUUAUUACCAGCGGGAGCUGCUAAAUGAAGAGAGAGUUCCCAGCUUCUUCUUGGAUGCGAUGAAGUCAACUAUCAAAAGACAGAGAAAAAAAAUUAGAGCCAAAAUGCUGGGAACGGCAGAGGAGUCGGCGAGCAGAGAUCAAAGGUGUAAUGUCUGCACUGGAUGUCUUGUUCUGGCUUAGUCCUGGGAGCGCUGCAGGGGCUGGGCUCUUUCUGCUGCCACUCACGCGUUCUUGUCACCAGUCACACGUGGCCCGGCCAAACGCCGCUUAUCCCUGCGUGGAUGUGGCAAAAGGGAGGCGAGGUGGUGGCGCUGGGACCACUGGAUGAGGCAGGCUGGUCCCUGCACUGUGCGGUUGGAGGCUGUCCAGCAGAGAGCCUUUGAAGAUGACAGUAGAGAUGUUCUCUGGAGGCUCUGCAAGAUGUUCCUGGGCAGCGUUGGCUCCAACAGACUUCUCACGAUGGGGAGGGGUGGACCCUGCCGGGCACCAGCCCCAGCUCCGUGUGUCUGCCGGUGGGGGGGGGGGGUGAAGCCUGCGCUAAAGCUGCCGUAUGGCACGGGCGGAGCUGGUUAAUAAAGGUCUGAAGGGGGCUGAGCUCUUCUGUGCUACUGAAACCUGCUGCUUGCUUGCGUCGGGGUCUCUGCUGGCAGCGGGGGGCCUGGGGGUUUUGGAUCCUGCCUGCUCGCCUCCCUGCCUGGCGAGGAUAGCCGCUGCCGUACGAAUGCUGCCCUGCUGUCAUCUCUCGUGGGUCACCCUGCUCCCCUGCGAGGCCUUGGCUGUCACUCGCCUUGGUGCCCGGCUGUCUCCCACCUCGCCCCGAGCCGUGGCCAGCGGUUGCCGAUUGUCAGGCCGUUCCCCUGGAGAAGCGUGCGCUUGCUGUGCGGGGUGCGAUGCCGAAAGACUUUACUGCUGUGGCAACCGGGGACGCGCCAUCCGCUAACCGAGCGCCGGGGGUCUGAAGCCGGGUCUGAAGAGCUUUGUGGCUGGAGGUCACCAAGCCGGGGCUGGGCUUGCCAUGAAGCGCAGCUGCGUCUGGGGCACCAGCGUCGCUGCAGCUGGCUGUGGCUUUGUGGCAGGUCACAGCCCGACAGCGAUUUGUGGGGACAGCAGCCACCUCCGCGCGUGCCGCUCUGCGGGGGACGCUGCUUGGAUCGGGAGGGAGCCCCGGGGUGGCUCUGGCACUCGCUCACGGUGAGCCUGUGACUCAGCACGGGUUUUUCCCUGCUCCUUUG